AUGAACACAAGUGAAGACUCAACCAAACUUGCCACCUGGCAAAACACUGAGGGUGAUUUCCCCAACUGCACUGAUGUGGAAGCCAUUCUGAAGACUUUGUAUCUCCCGAUUAUGUACAGCAUCAUCUUUCUGGUGGGCUUCCCAGGAAACGUCAUUGCAAUUUGUGUUUACAGUUUCAAGAUGAGACCUUGGAAGAGCAGCACCAUCAUCAUGCUGAACCUGGCCCUCACAGACCUGCUCUACUUAACCAGCCUUCCCUUUCUAAUACACUACUAUGCCAGCGGGGAACACUGGAUCUUUGGCGAAUUCAUGUGCAAGUUCAUCCGCUUUGGUUUCCAUUUUAACUUGUACAGCAGUAUCCUCUUCCUCACCUGCUACAGCAUCUUCCGGUACUUGGUGAUUGUCCACCCUAUGAAAUUCUUCCACAUCCAGAAGAAAUGGUGGACGGUGGUGGCUUGCGCUGCGGUUUGGGUGAUCUCACUGGCAGCUGUGAGUCCUGUCAACUUCUUGAUCUCCUCAAAAGUGGAGCAAAAUAGAUUCUUAUGCCUCGACCUCACUAGCUCUGAAAAUCUCAGCACAAUCAGGUGGUAUAACUGGCUUCUGACUGGACUGGCCUUCUUCUUGCCCUUGUUGACAGUGACUCUGUGCUAUGCGCUCAUUAUUUACACUUUAGCUACGGGGCCUCACACACAGGCUUGCUACAAACAGAAGGCCCGCAGACUUGCCAUCGUCCUCUUGGUGGUCUUUUAUGUGUGCUUCCUCCCUUUCCACAUCUUUCGGGCGGCUCGAGUUGACCUACGACUGUGUGCAGUCAGUUGUCACAUGGAGAAGCAAAUCCACUCUGCCUAUAUCAUCUCUAGGCCACUAGCUGCACUCAACACAUGUGGUAACCUAUUACUUUACGUUGUGAUUGGAGGUAACUUCCAGCAAGCCAUCCUCUCUCUUUCAAGGUGUAAGUGGAGCAGUCUGGGAGCAACAGUGAUGUGA